CCGGCGCUUCCGAACCGGUUCGAACAUGGACGGCUUAUAAUGAAAGAUGCGGCACGUGUCCAACACACCGUCUCGCCCGCGGGGAUAGCGCGAAGAAACGCACUUCAAGGAUUGGUCUUCAGCGAGCAGGACUCUUCACGAUGAACGGCAGAACGGUUCUUAUGGUUGCCCUCGUGGCCGCAGUCGCCUGCUGGUCGGAAGCCGCCGACCCCGUAAAGCCAGCGCCACCCUCUCCUGCCGCCGCAGAAGCCGGUCAGGAGGAAGGCGUCGAAGGGCGAACCCUGGGCAAACUGCUCAGGCACCUGCACAACAAACGGCCCAGCCGCAUCGGCUCUCCUCUACGAGGCCACAAGCACAACCACGGCGGGCACCAGGUGCCGCUGGGCGGCGCCCACUAUGGCCAUGUGGAGGGCGGCCAACAGCACGGCUACCAACAGGCCGCGCAGGGCUUCAACCAGGGCAGCCAGGCCUUCGAGGGACAGGACAAGUACAAGAACGUGCAGGGAUUCCGCGAGACCAAAGGCUACCGCACCGAGAUGGGAUUCGAGGAGACCAGCUUCAAUCGAUACGGCUCGGGCACGGGAGGCUUCCAGGGCGGCUUCAACCAGCACUCGGCCGGCAAGUUCCAGCAGCAAGGACAGCAGCAGGCGGGUUUCGUGGCUGCGCCCGGCUACGGUGGGCGCUAACCGCUGCGUGCAUCCACAAUAAAAAAUUAUUUAUUAUCA